GUAAACACACACAUAAGCGAGAACAAGCCAAAGAUAUCCACAUGGAAGCCGACUAAAUUUGACAGCAUCAGAAAAAUAAUUCUCUAGCUUACAAAUAUAAUUAAACAGUCGAAUAGUGGCAGGAAAAAAUUAUUUGACAAAAUACUAAAAGACUGCUUUAACGUGCUAGCUAACUGCAACUAAUUAACAACCAAAAACAAUUGUGCCAGGGUCAGAGCGCCGGUCAAGUAUUUACUUGCUACUACGGAGAGUUGGAUAAAACCGCGCCAUUUCUAGACUAUUCUUCCUGCUUAACUAAAACCACACUGCCGCUAAGUCAACAUGUCUCACACAAUUCUACUAGUGCAGCCAGCUUCUCGUCCGGAGACACGCACAUACAGCGACUAUGAGAGCGUCACCGAAUGCAUGGAAGGUGUUUGCAAAAUCUACGAAGAGCACCUGAAGCGGCGCAAUCCAAACACACCUACUAUUACUUACGACAUUAGUCAACUCUUUGAUUUUGUGGACCAAUUGGCUGAUAUAAGUUGCCUCGUCUAUCAAAAGUCAACAAAUACAUAUGCGCCCUAUAACAAGGAGUGGAUCAAGGAGAAAAUUUAUGUGCUGUUAAGACAGGCAGCAGGUAACUCAAAUUGAUGUGUUAAAGGCAGCGCUAAAGAGCUGAUAACGGACGUAUAAAUGAAAAACAAAUAUGCGUAAAAUCAGUUUGCUAUAAAAAGCUAUUACAUAUUAUUUGUAAAUUAUUGUAAAAUGUAAUAUCAUUUUUUAUUUAAUUUACUGUAAGCUCUUAUCAAAGCAUCUACUAUUGCAGUUAAUUCAGAAUUUUUACGCAAAAAUAACAACUGAUAUAAAUCUAAAUCUAAAUCGCUACUUUAAAAACAUUUUAGGAAUAUCCAGUAAUUUAAUUUCAUAUGCUGAACAUAUUUGACAAGAGUAGUAUUUUGUAUUUUUGCUAUAACAUUGAAAUAAAUAUUUAUGUAAUCAUCAUUUGUUCAUGAAAAAUAAUCAUUUUUUUUACAAUACUAUACAAUAUGCAGCAGUGCAAAAUGCAAGGAGCCAAUCAAUCGUAUAGCAGAUUUUGAAACAAAAUGUACUGAACUUUGAUGUAUCUUGAAACUCCAACUUCGGGCACUAACUUCUUAAUUAAUUAUAGUCUUAAGAUAGUAAUAAGUAUUUCUUGAAGGUUUGAAUGCAAAAUCUAAAAAAAGAUAUGGUAAUCUGACGACUAUUCAGAUACUUUGUAAACAGAAGCCAUUGGAUGUGUAUACUUUAAAGAAUAAUUGAUAGCAAAAAAUAAAGAUAAUUCUUAUUUAAA